AGGCUGCUCCAGAUAUGAGCGUGAUGUGAGCGUUUGCAGGAGCACACACAGACCCACAGCACUGACCACAGACAGGACGACACAAGAUGUCUGCUGAGCUGUACUGUGCAAGUGAACUAGGCGAAAAUAAUGCAGGUCUUCAAGGUACCACACUGGGGGGCAGCAAACCUUUACACCGCUUCAUGAAGGGGCAACCCAAGAUUACUGGUAUCGUCGUGCUGGUCUUGGGUUCGUCCCUCUUGAUUGUUACCAUCGCAAUCAUGCCAGAUGACUAUUUUCAGUUUGUAUCGACAGCCAUGCAAUCUGAACUCGUGCUGGGAGCAAUGUUGAUCGCAUGUGGGAUUCUGUAUAUUCUGACAGAGCACAACACAACCAAGAAAACCGUGACCAUAUCGUUGGCUCUGAGCAUUGUGACCGUACUGGUGACAUGCUUGACUCUCAUGUACAUGGUGCCCAGCAUUAUUGGCCACCACUUCUUCGGUGACGUUGAACUUAUUAUGGACAAUGUGACAGCGGCUGAUUUACUUCAGGAAUCAUAUCAGGUCAUGGGAAUAACAUUAGAACACAUCAUUCUGGUCUACACAGUUGCAGCUCUACACAUUGUCCUUGUAAUGUCGUGUCUGGCUGGGGCUGCCCUGCGUUCUUCAACGAAUAGGGCCAUUGUAGUGAUGACUGCUACACCUGCUGAACCACCAGCUGAACAAAGAGCACAAGAGGAAGGCCUGAAGUGCGAUACUGUAAACUGAGCAGAGAGAAGAAAUAUGAAGCAUACAAGGACGUCCAUGUAUCUGGAUGUGGGCACAACAGGAUGCAUCAUUCCCAAACACAGACUAUUUACAACCAGUAUUUUUGGGUUGUUGAAUACUAUACAAUACAGAUAAUAUGUAUGUAUGUAUUGCCUUGUAAUAUUUCUAUGAUAUAUUACUACUGCCGGUCCCACGUGAGCACUGUAUUUCCCUCUCUUGAACACCAGGCUCAAUUGGAUGUUGGCGACGAAUAUGAUAGGCAGUUAACUGCUACUUACUCUGCAGUCUGGCGUUGGCUGACCUGUCAGCACGCUGUGUUUGCACCACAGGACAAAGGUCUGAGUGAAACCAGUGUUCCUCUGAGAUAGUUUAAGAAAACUUGUGUGGGCUCAAAAACAUCCAGAUUAAUCAAAGGCAGACUUAAACAGCGAUAAACUGACAGGUGCUGUUGUUACACUACCACGUUUGAUAAUGCACCCUGUAGUGAGGGCUCAUAAGUUGUUUUAUAAAAGAUUUGUAGAUUAUUUACUUAUACCUGAUUGUGCUGUUAUAUACCAUUAAUAAGAAAAACUUUUGUUAUCCUUCACCAGCAUGGCAUUAUUUGCUUUGUAUUUUUAUCUGUAAUUCACCAGUAAACGACUCUAAUGGA